AUGUCCUUAAAAAUUGUUUUUUCUGAAAAGAACACAUAUAAAAAUCCUCAGGUUGAAAUUCUUCAGGAUAAAGUUUUUUUAAAUAAAACUUUUCAGGCUGAAGUUCCUCAAGAUGAAAAUGAAGUUCCUCAAGAUAAAGUUCCUCAAAAUGAUAAUGAAAUUCUUCAAGAUAAUAUACCAGUAGAUACAAUUGUUCAUUUAGAAAAUAUGUUAAAUAAAAUGAGCUGGACCGAAGUAUCAACUGGUAAUCUUAUUGGGCAUUUAUCUUUUGAACAUGAAGUUACAAAAACCAAUCAAUUACCUAAAAAGGAAGAACAAGCAGUAGAACCUCAAGUAACCAAAGAAACUUCUAUGAAUCAGCAACGUCAAAUGAAAUUAAACACUUCAGUAAAUACUGCAGGCCUUUUAAAUAAAGUCAAAAAAAAUAUAUACAUAUCCCUUUGUUAUAAUUAUCCUGAACCUACUUCUCAAGAAUGGAUAUCUGCUUUAUUAGACCCACAAUGCAAAUCUCUUGAUUCUUUGGAUAUUACAACAAGAUUGAUGGUUAAGAAUACUCUUAGGAAUUUAUAUAAAGAUGAAAAGGUUUUAAAAGAAAGACAAAAGGAGAAAGAAAAGAAGUGUGAAGUUCUGAAUUUAGAAAUUGAUGAAAUUGAUAAUUUU